AUGCCGUUUUCCGAGUCGUACGAGCAACGUCAGAUACUGGAGCGUACGACGGCCAGAUUGAAUCAGCUCGCGCCGGACAACAUUACUACAAACAACGCUCGCCGAUUUGAUGAACUGCCCCCACCAUACACCUCCAAAGAGACCACUCGAUCGCCGUCGCCUCUUACUCACGAUAACGUCUCGCAACCAGAUAUGCAAGCACCGAUUUCUGUUGCUGCUACUCCUCUAACGAUGUUCGGCAUACAAACACGGUAUCAGAUAGAUCGACUGCAAGAGCAAAUCUCGUUGGAGACGGAUGGGAGGACACAGACAUUCCCCUUCGAUAAGAGCUCGGAUCUGCGAGCAAACGCUGAGAACAAUGUUCGAUCUAUGUGGUUGGAGCAGGAAAUCUGGGGGGACGAGUGGGGAGGGGCCUGGCCUUCGAACAGUUUUCCGAUGGAUAAUAUGUGGCAGUGGAGUCGAGCGAAAUCAUCAUCGAGGCCACGACCGCACGGUCGCUGGAAGCAUGAGCAAGCAAAGUUGCCGAAUAGAAGCGAAGCAGGGGACUUCCAUACCUCGACCACGUUCAGCCACAUCGCGGAGACAGCAAAGUCCCCCACUGAAGUCACAACGUACACAGGCUCAGAUACAGCCAACACAGAUGCCUCUCGCCCUGUUCGUCAGUUCGCAUAUCAGGUAAACGCUGAGAUGGGCUGGCUUCGCGAUGGAUACGAGCACAAAUCACAACUCCCCAAUGAGAUCGACCAGAUUGCCCACAACCAUGUGAAGCAGAUGUGGCUCAAAGAAGGUAUAUGGGACCCUGUGUGGGGCCAGUCGCCGGGCAUUCUAUGGGCUCAUGAGGCUCCCCAUCUUGAUCCGAGGAUGCGUUUCGACGGGGAGAGCUGA